CGCUCGUAGUGCAAUUACGGAUGCUCGGUCAGCCGACGAACUGAAUCCAAAAACCGAAAUAAAUUUAAAAAAUGUCUUACAAACGAUGCUGAUCUUUGAAGCCCAUUGCAACCGUGACCAAUACGGAUCGAAAAGCUUAUCCGCAACAUAGGAGCACAGGUUUGCGAUAGAUCUCUGCAGAAGGUACCCCGUGCAUCACCACCCCGUACGAGCUCCAUCGAGUUGAUUUCGACCAAUUCAUUUCCCCUCCACGAUCGACUACGUCCUGCGUCAGUAACUCAAGAUUUUGUUCUAAGUGCUUAUCAGCGUUUUGUCCUUCACCCUCACGAUGCUGCCACUAACGCAUAAGGAUUCCCGUGGAUUUGGCUAUCGAAUACGGGAGAAGUUCAACAGUUGGAGCCGGCUCAUUCUGUCGGAUCGCAAUUCGCGAAAUUUGUUUUUCUUUCUACUGCUUAAUUUAAGCUUUGCCUUUGUCGAGCUGAUGUACGGAAUAUGGACGAACAGUUUAGGUUUGAUCUCGGAUUCGUUCCACAUGUUCUUCGACUGUACGGGGUUGUUGGCCGGAUUAGCUGCGUCCGUUAUAACAAAGUGGCGGGCGAAUGAGAAGUAUUCUUACGGAUACGUGCGUGCCGAAGUUCUUGCUGGCUUUGUGAACAGUCUCUUUCUGCUGUUUAUCGCAUUCUUCAUCAUGUCCGAGGCAGUAGAACGUGCAAUCGAGCCUCCGGAAGUGAAACAUGAACGGUUGUUCGUCGUCUCAGUACUCGGGUUGCUGGUGAACCUGGUCGGUAUCUAUGCAUUCCAACACGGCGGCCAUGGACAUUCGCAUGGUGGUGGCGGUGGCCACGGUCAUUCGCACGGCGGUGGUGGCGGAGGUCACGGACAUUCCCAUGGUGGAGCAAUGAACCAUCACAGCCACGAUACUCAUCACCUGCUGUCGAAUCAUAAUGAUAACCAUGGGCAUUCCCACGGUGGAGGCGAUCAUCAUCACAGCCAUGGAGGUGGCAGUGAGAUUAUUUCCACCAACUCGCAGAUUAUGCGUGGUGUCUUCCUGCACAUUCUAGCCGAUACGCUCGGAUCGGUAGGUGUCAUUAUAUCGGCAGUGCUGAUGCAGCUGUUUGGUUGGAUGCGAGCCGACCCCAUUUGCAGCAUGUUCAUUGCGCUAACGAUCGGGCUAAGUACGCUCUCGUUGAUCAAGGAAUCGGUAAUGGUGCUUAUGCAGCGCCAACCGGUAGCGCUGGAUCGAUUACUGCCAUCCUGCUAUCAGAAGGUGACCGGUCUGGCCGGUGUGUACAGCGUACAGGAGCCACAUUUUUGGACCCUCUGCACCGACGUGUACGUAGGUGUCAUCAAGUUGGAGGUAUCGAAAAACGUUGAUCCCAAGUACGUGGUACAGCACACGCGCAUGAUCUUCGAAGCGAUAGGCGUACGGCAGAUGAACAUUCAGCUAGACUAUACUGCAAUGUGAUAAACCCACGUAGUGGCGCUGUGAGAUGGGGCCGGGACAAAAGUUCCGUUCAAUUGUCGUGUAUUGUUGUUUCAGGUUGUUUUCUUGACCCAAAACCAACACCACUGUCUGCAAUGGUAACACUGUUUUCUACCUCUACGCUACUCCCAAUCGGCUAGAGAUUUUCGCGUUUUCGUAUCAAUUUUAUUUCAUAGGCACCACCUAGUGGGAGAAGUAUUGCAUACAAACAUUUCAGACGUACGAAUUAGUAUAGAGCCUAAGUUUUGUUUUAUGAAACACACCU